GUGGCAAGGAGAAGCAGGAGCUAGGAGAAGGGCUCGGAGCAGAGUGAAUCGCGCAGGCCGCAGUGGGAGCAGCGAGGGCAGCCAGCUCGGAGCGGGCGGCCCCCGCGAGCAAGGCGCAGCCAUUCCGCUGCUCGGGGCGCCGCCGCCGCCGCCGCCGCGUCCGGGGGCCAUGCUCCCGCCGCCCCCGCGCCAGCCGCCGCCCCAGGCGCGCGCGGCCCGCGGAUCCCUGCGCCUGCAGCGGGCCUUCCUGCGCGGCCCGCUGGGCGUGCUGCGUCUGCUGCAACUGCUGGCGGGAGCCGCCUUCUGGAUCACCAUCGCUACCAGCAAGUAUCAGGGCCCCGUGCACUUCGCGCUCUUCGUGUCGGUGCUCUUCUGGCUGCUCACCCUGGGGCUCUACUUCAUCACGCUGCUGGGCAAGCAGGAGCUGGUGCCCGUGCUGGGCUCGCGCUGGCUCGUGGUCAACGUGGCGCACGACCUGCUGGCGGCCGCUCUCUACGGGGCCGCGACGGGCAUCAUGAUCGACCAGACGCAGCGCCACAGCUACUGCAACCUCAAGAGCUACCGGCUGCCUUGCGCCUACCAUGCCUUCUUGGCGGCCUCCGUCUGCGGCGGCCUCUGCCUCGGCCUCUACCUGCUCUCUGCGCUCUACGGCUGCUGCCGUCGCUACCAGGGCAAGGAGGAGGUGGUGUGAGGCCGCCCACUCCACUGCGGCCCAGAUCGGUGCGGGGAUCCUUCCCGAGCCCUUCCUGCCGCCGCCCCGUGCCGGUGCGCCCCUGCACCCUCCCCCUGCCUGUGUUUUCACUGCCCGCGCCCUGGAUCCCCGACGUUCAGUUGCAGUCUGACUGCUGCAUCGCAGCUUAGCCCAGAUAUCAGCUUCCAGGGACCAGCGCAGCCACCCGAGGCGCUGAAGCACACACUCAGAUGGGCCGCCCCAGGAGAAGCCUGGAAGUCCCUUUCCCCAUUCCUUGUUGAGAGCUAGACGUGGACAGACGCCGCUGCGUAGAUCCGGGGGAGGCUCCCAAAUUGGAACCAGUCUCUGGGCUGCGCCACUGCCCCCUCCCUCCUGCCCUGCACUCGAAAGAGCAUCCCCUCCCUGCUCCCUCUUUCAGCCUGGGGUGGUGUAGAAAUGCAGCCAGGCAGCUGCAAGUGGAGCUGGGGACAGGCCUUAGCUGGUGCCGGAAUGAAUGACGUCUUUAGUUGUAGUUUGGAUUUCUCCCUGCGCAGCCCUAUAUCAUCGAAAUCUUUGGGUGGGGCCAGCCACAGGAGUGGUGCAUAGCAAAGGCCCGCUAGCUGUACCUUACUAAACAACAUGAGUCUCUCCGCAUUUUAUCCUUGGGGUUCAUCCAGACCAGGCCAAAUGCACUAAACUUCCCUGGCCUCUCAGAUGUCACUCACCAGCUUCUGCUGCACCUCACCCUUAAAUAUGUUUGUAUUAGGGAUCCUACAUGACUGUUAAGGUGAUGCCCACCCCUGUGGGGACCCAGAUCCCGCUCUUGAGAAUAGCCAUUUUCAGAUAAGAAUCACAUUUCCCCCUCUAAAGCAGUAGGUUAUUUAGGGAGCCAUUCAGGUGCUACGUUGGAAAGAAGGCUGAGAAGGCAAAUGGGUCUAUCAAUGGUGCUGUCUUCCCGUGCAGAUUCACAGUGUUAGUAUGAGGUCUCUGAGAAAUCCCACAGGUACACGCCCACACAUGGUCAUUUAGUUUACUGAAUUACUACUGGGCCUGCGCCAUUCCGACCUCAAGAUUGCCCCGUGUUGCAUAGGUCAUUCCCACAGUUUAACCCAUUGAAGAUUGGGAAGCUCCUCUCUCCCUGGGAGUUUCUCUGGCUGGGGAUCCACCCAAUGACAAAAGAGCUGGAUGCCCUUCACCAGCCAGAGACCUGAGAACUGUUGAAUAUUCUUUCACAUAGCUGGAAAAAUGAAGCUAAGGAUACCCAGGUGGUCUUCCAGUCAAAAUGGCAGUCAUUUGUAAGAGAUCCUGGCAUUGACUCUGAGCAGCUGGUGGGUGAGCUCUGCCACCAAAAUGAGAACCCUCUGGACCUGGGGUGGACAGCUUGUGCCACCUUUAGGUAAGACAUUUUUGGAUAACUGGGAAGUAUUAUAGGCUUGUGAACAGAAAGUAUGGUGCUACCUCGUUUUCCAAAGUGAAAGUGAUUUUACUCAAAGCAAGUAGACAAAAUGACAGUGUUGUGAAAAUUCAGAUUUUGACUAACUCCUUCAAAGAUCUAUUUACAAGCUCAGCUUUCUCUGGAAAGACAAGGAUAAAGGAUACUGCCUGUUAGAGACAGAACUGGGUGCUCCUAUCAUGUAGAGGAUGCAUCUGUCCGGGAGCUGCACCCAGCCCUGUUCCCAUGUUGCUGAGGUCCCAAAGACUCCCCUGCCUGCUUGGCUGCACUGGUCUCCCCGGGGCCAGCAGAAGGCUUAGGAGUCUCCGCAGCCGUGGGGCUGGUGGGGAGCCAGAAGUCUCUCCUUCACACUGUCUGGUGGACAAGCCCUGGUGGGAAAGACUGUUUUCUUUCUUGAUGCUAGAGGAUUCCCGAUUCCCCUACAUUGUAAUUCUGGACACAAGAUUCUGGGCCCUGGGGCCUGAUCUCUGCCCGUCUCCCAUUCUGUAGAUGAUGGGUCUCAGUUCCAGCUUGCAUAUUUUCCCUGUUUGUCUUUUUUAGACCACUAAGCUCAGGUCCUGUUCCCUGAUGAUCUCAGCCCAGUGCUCUGGGUCUGUGGCCAGGUGACCUUACUCAGGGGCACAUGUCUUGGCCUUGCUGGUGCCUCAUCUACCCAGAUGCGCCUGUAGCACUCCAGAGCUCACAAGCUCUUCCUGAUGUGCCUUCCAGCUUGGCUUCCAGCAGCUUGGUGGUCCUCAGUCUCCCAAGUGAGAAGGAGGGAUGGGGCUGCUAUGCCUCCCGCCUUUCCUCAAAUGCCACAGAACGGUCACCUGAUGUGGCCCAGAGCACUUAGAUACUGGCGGUAGUCUCCAAGGCGUACUUCUCUGACACCAGGACUGGGGCCAGACAGCUUCCAACCAAAAGUCUGGGGCCUCUUGUGGGCCCAGGAGACAAUUUCAACAGUGUGUACAAAGGCCAAGCAGUGGUCGGUUUUGAUGUAAGGAGGGUGGCUAGAGGGAGGAGCCAUGUGCCUUAUCCAGUAGUGUAGUCAUGGUUACCCCAGGAUGCUUU